AACUGCUUCGUGAUGGCGCUGAAGAGCACCAACCCGAGCCUGAUGGUGCCUGCCGGUGUGGCCUCCCGGGCGCACACGCUCACCCCUGGGGUGCGCUACAACGUGCGGCCGGACGACGUGCUGCGCUUCGGCCGCCUGUCGUGUCGGGUGCGGUGCGGACCGCAGGAGGGGGCGGCACAGGAAGCGGCGGCAGCGGCAGUAGCGGUACCGCGCUUGACCGGUGGUGGUGGUGUAUACCUGGGCUACCCCCAUCAACAGGGUGUGCAGCAGCAGGGGCAGGAAUAUCAGGAACAAUGGCGGCAGCAGCAGCAACAGCAGCAGCAGGAUGGGCACCCGUCUCCACAACAGCAGCAGUUGUUGUUAAUGCAGCAGGGCGGGCAGCCGCCGCAGGCGGGACUGACUUGGGAGCAGCAACCGCGGCCCCCGCAGGGCUGGCCACAGCAGCAGCAGCAACUACCAUACCAGCAGGGGCAGCAGGGACAUGUCAGCGGGCAGAUUGCAGAUGGGAUGGGAUACGUGCUAGGCGGACUGCCUCCUCUGUCGGCUGGCCACGUCGGGGGUGCUGCUGCAGCCGGCAGCUGCCUUGCUCGGCCUCUGGUGCCGCCCACGCAGGAGGUGUUCGGGCUGCCCUCACCGCAGCAGGAUCCGGCCCCAAAUUCGGCCAGCAAUCCGCCACCCUCAUCAUCAGGCCUUCAGACCCGGCCUCCACAACAACACUCAUCACCACCACCGCAACAGCAGCAGCACGUGCAGCUGGUGUUCUUAUCCCCGCAGGGGGCAGUGGUGGGGCUAGCACAUGCGCAGGGGCAGGCUGCGGUCCCGCCGGGCAGCGGAGGCAGCAUGGA